UUGCAAUACUCUUCUCUUUAUUAAAAAAUGUUUCUAAUAUUGAUUAGUAUAUUGAUUCUCAUUGCUGAAAAUACUGAACUCAAUUAUGGAACAGAGUCAGCCGAGACUUUUUUGAAUAGCAAGUGCGAACCCGGAUGUGUUUUUCUGGAAUCUAAAAUAUCAAGUGAAACAAUUCCAUUGUUUCCAAAAAACUGUAGCACGGUAUGUGCCGACAUAUUUAUCGUUGGCAAUUCCGAUCUCACAGAACAACAGUUGACUGAAACAUUUGAAAAUAUGAAACAUCUUAUUGGUAGCCUGGAAGUUUUAACCACAAAUUACACAAGUGGAAGUUUUCUCACGGGAUUGGAAUCGGUGGAGUGUGGAAGUACAAAUCGUUUUAGACGCAUGCUCGAUAGACGCGAAAUUGAACAAUUUUCUUGGACCGAUAAUCGAAAUAUGCUAGAAUUUGGACUACUCAAUCUGACUUCUAUCAAUUGUUUCGAAUAUAAAGUGGCCGCAAACAUUAACCUCAAACGUAUGAAUACCCCAAAUUUGAAGUUUUGGAGCACUCCAAACGACACUAAAGUGGAUGUGACCAUCGCCCCGCAAAACGGCAAUUUUUGCAUUUCUUCGCAAGAAAUGAUGGGCAUUAUGAGCAAUGAAAAUGUUACAAUUUCCCAAAUUGAAGGCAAAUAUUGUGAACUCCCAAAACUUGUGGAAAAUGGGAAAAUGUGCAAUUCAACAUUCACAACAUCACCUACUAAUAUACAAGAAGGAUGUACGCAAAUAUUUGGAAAUUUGGUGAUAAGCCCUGAAAAUGAGCACCUAGUGAGCCAGCUGAAGACCGUGGAAGUGAUAUUUGGUGGAUUGAUUCUCAAAAAUUCAAAUUUGAGUAAAAUUGAUUUUUUCGACAACCUGAAGUACAUUUAUUCACUAGAAAAAAGCAUAGCAGCAAUAUCAGUCGAGCAAAACCCAAACUUGUCAGAUAUUUCAUUUCCCAGUUUGAAGCUUGCAAAAUCGAACGCCGCUUAUGCAAUCAUUUUCAACAACAACAGUCAAACAUUGUCGGCUGAUUCAACUUAUUGCGAUCGACUUCAGAAUGCACUCAAUCAGCCUGGGGACCGACCUCCGAUGUUUGAUGGAAAAUUUUGCAGUGAACUUCCAAAGAAUUCCCCGAGGCUCUCUAUUCUUGGAUUUUUUGCACUAGUUGUGAUGAUAAAUGUUUUCUAGGCCGAUGAAAUAAAGUUUUGUGAGAUU